AUGGCGGACAGACAGAUACAUACGCUCGCUCCAGGAGGGGGCAGGCGGCAAAGGGUGUGACCAUAGACGUUAAUGUAAGACAUGGGCUCUGCUGUCCUGUGCAUGCUGUUCCAGGUGGGCAGAUGAAAAUGGAGUCAGAUAGAUCAAAUCAGAUUCCUGCAGAUGAGAAUCGGACAGGACAAGGACCAGGUCAGGCUGCUCCGAGUCCCACUCCCGUGUCCGCACCCCGGCGCCCCUCUCCCUGGACUCCAGCAUCCACACCGGAGUGGGUCCCAGGAUGGAAGCGGUGGCGCUUUACACGUUCCGGGCCACAGAGAGCGACGAACUCAGCUUCCAGAAGGGCGACAUCCUCAAGAUAACUAACAUGGAGGAUGAUCCUAACUGGUACACAGCAGAGUUGAUGAGCAGAAAGGGCUACGUGCCCAAGAACUAUAUCAAUGUAAGACCACACACGUGGUUUGCUGGCCGCAUCUCACGGAAUGUAGCAGAGGGCCGGCUGAGGCACCGCGAGUGUGGAGCCUUCCUGGUGCGGGAGAGCGAGAGUGCACCUGGGGAAUUCUCCAUGUCUGUCAGUUAUGGGGACCAUGUACAACACUUUAAGAUCCUUCAAGACAGGGGAUCCCAUUAUUUUGUUUGGGAUGAAGUUUUUCCCUCCCUAAACCAAUUGGUGGACUUCUACCGGACCAACAGCAUCGCCAAGGAGAGAACUGUGUUCCUGAGGGACAAUGAACACUCAGUAAGGCGGCCUCGCCACGCCCAGGCCCUGUUCGACUUCCACCCCCAGCACACCUCCCAGCUGCGCUUCCAGCGCGGUGACGUCAUCGACCUCCUGGACUGUUCCGACUUGCAGCGGUGGAUGGGCCGGUGUCACGGACGAGUGGGCUUCUUCCCUCCAGAGUAUGUCCAGCCGGUUUACCAUUGACCACCAGGGACACACAAGAUAACAGACAAGCAAACUGGUGGUGAACAAGGAAACCAACGUAUCUCCCAUGAACUGCUCACUGAACUGCUCGUCCAUCCAAUGCACUGUCAUAAUUCAACUGAUGAAUGGAAGUAAAUGGAUGAUAUUGGGAUUCAUUGAUAAUGAUCUAAAAAUAUGGUGCAUUAAAGGUGCAGUCCGCGAUUCCAAUCCCAGAGACUUUUGUCAGACUCAGUGAGUUGUUCCUCACAUUCCUCCAAAAAGCACAGUCCUGGUUCUCUAAAUGGCUUGGACUGGGCUGUAAACAAUCCCAGCCAAUCAGGGUAGUGCUUCAGCAGCACAGAGGAGAGUGGUGUCAUUUGACAGACUGUUGAUCUUAAUUAUGGACAACCUGUGACAAAACCGAAGCGGAACUCCGGACUGCAUCUCUAAGUUGGUUUAUUUUACAAUAUUUCAACAUGAAUAGACAAUAAGACUGUGAUAUUAUUGUGAUAUUAUUAUGAUGGAUUUUCAUUGACAUUGGAAAGCUUUGAGGAACAUUUUAAACAUUAGUAACAAUUAAAAAUGCUUUCAAUGUUGACACUAAGGAUUAUUUGCAGUGUUGGUAAAGGAUUGUAUUUCUGUGUGCGAGAAAUCAAAAACCACCCAAGCACAGAUACCAAACAAAUUGUGCAAUUAGGUCCCAUUAGUAGUCGUUUGUUUGCUUCUGUAUGAUUGGUCCUUUACUAUAAUUGAAUCUAAUACUUAUUCAGUGUUUAUUCAUAUUUAUUAACUGUACAACAAUCUACUGUUUCUCAUUCAGGGACCUGAAUAUUUGUGUAAGAGAUUACUAUUGCUUGUGAGUGUUGUUACUGUAAAAAAAAAGUCUAUCACAAAAUAAAAUAUAUCUAAAGUUAGACAUU